AGAUCAGAAAGAUCCUGGACCCCCGACUGGCGUCAUCAUGCAGAUUCUCGUUGUUCUCUCGGUCGUGGGAGCCUGUUUCGCUGGCGAGCUCUUCGACAUCAAGCCUCUAGAGCAAUGCGAGGAUUCAACCUCCAUUAAGCACGUUCAGGUCGAGAACUGCAACGAUCCAACGCUGUGCCGCUUGAUGAAAGGAGCGAACACCACCUUACGAGUCGUGAUGGUUGCCCCCAAGAAAGUCACGAACGUGAAAGCUUUGGUGACCGGGACGGUAGGGGACGCAGAACUGCCCUUCCCGGGUUUCGAUCGCUACGUAUGCAAGCAUCCAGACAACAAGAACUUCUGCCCUCAAGAGCCCGGCAAGGAGUACACGCUGAAUUUGAGUCUUCCCAUCCUGAAUCUCUUCCCCAAGAUCAAAACGACGGCCUUCGUGAGACUCAUCGAUGACGAUGCGCCUUCCGAAAUAGAAGAGAGACUCGGUUGCUUCAAGAUCAUGGUCGAACUCAUCGAUAAUCCGAACGCUCCGGUGACCAAGAGGCCUGACGACGACGAUGAGGAGGAAUAAUAGGGAGAAUGUACCAACAUAUGACUGCAGGACGAACGAUAAACCUCGAAAAGACGCA